ACUGCAGAGGAGUUAAUGGCAAUUAAGAGUGACAUUGUGCUGUAUGAAGAGGUUCUCAAAGAGUACAAGCAAUGUGAAAAAAUUCUUACCGGCCUAUCCCCGGCUCAGUGGAAAGAUGAUCAAAUACAAAAGAAAAUAAACCAAAAAGCAUGCAGAAAGAAACUGCAGGUUGUCCUCCCACAGGCUAUGAGGAGAUUAUCAAUCAAACCAACAAGAGGAGGCACUUUACCGGACCUGAGUUCGGCUCUUCCACGUAAAUCCAUUAUAGCAAUGAGAAAGUUAUCGGCAAUCAGACAUUUCAGGAGGUCCAGUGCCUUUUUGGACAAGGGACAGACAGACGAUUCAGAAAGUGAAGAGGAAUUGGAGUUGUACUUCACUGCUCCAAAACAGCUGCUUGACGCUUUCGUAGAUCUAGAAGACCAGAAUAUAAGUUUGACCAAGUAUGCUCAAGAACUGGAUGAAGACCUAAAAGCUUUGCGAAGGAAAAACCAACGUAAACAGAAAGCAGAAGAGCGGAAAAUAAGCAUUUUAAAAGAACAAGUGGAAUCGCUUACGGAAGCUUGUAUCAAAAAAGAAAAGAAAGUUAAAAAGCUAAAAGCAGGAAUGUUUUCCCUUGACGGGUCAAAACCAGACACACAGGCUGCAAUGCUCCAAACAAUAAAGGAAAAGAUUGCGGAGGUGUACAAAGCGUGCAUCGGGGAGAUUCAGGGACCUUUCGACGCCAUGAAUAUGCUAGCAGGAAUCGAGCACUGUUUCGAAGAAAUACUUGAAAAAUUAGAACUCAUGCCACCAGACAUUCUAGAAGUUGCUGAAAAGAGAAAACUGAGAGAACAGAAAAAGAGAGCACAUGUGGAGAAGCUUAAAAAGGAAGAGCUCUACCAUGAACAGCGCCGACUCUCCACCCUGCAGAGAGCCUUGGCAGACACCAAAAGAAAGGAGGGGAGGAAAUUGAUGAUUCGGUCAGAUCCGCCAUCCAUAAAACAGAAGACAAUUUAUAACGAAGAAAUGAUCCGAAGGAUGCAAGAGGAAGAGAAGUAUUUCUUCACUUAAAUACUGGCCAUUUGGCAUAGUUUGCCACAUUCUACAUUUGAAAAUAAAUGA